AAGCAGUGCAAAUUUAGAGGGUACAAAGAUUGUUCCACUGCACCCGCCCCACCAACAAAGACUUAUCUGAGCCACACUGAUUUAGAAUGUAUGUUGGCUUUGUGCUCUGAGAUGGGAAAGCCAUUUGACACUAUUUCCUGUGUGUGUCCCACCCAUUUCCUUCUUGAUGGUGAGCCUUAAACAAGAAUCCUUUUGUAUGGUAAAGAGCCUAUGGCUUUGCUUAUUCAAAUACUGACUUUUGUUGUCUUACAGGCUCUUAGGCCCUGAGUAAGGACAUCCUCUCUUCCCAGGUUGUCAUGGCUUCAGACUCACGGGGUGACCCCUCCAGGAGAGGAGCACACUCAAAGGUGAGGUUGCCUAGGCUGCUGGAGGUCCUGAGCGCUCUGGAGGGGGAUGAGUUUGACAGCAACAGGGAGGAGAUUUUCUUUGCACCCCCCAACAAUGUCCAGGACUUCACUGAUGAGGACUAUGGUGAGGAAGACCAUGGCCAGAAUGGUACCCAGUCGCCUGGCUGGGUGCUGCAUGCUUCAGUCGUGUCUGAGGACUCAGACCCCCAGGAGGAGGGGGACUAUGACAAGCCAGAGCUGCAACCAGCCAAGAAAAGGCGGAGGACAGCAGUGGAACCUCGACGUGUUUGGACCGAGAGAGACACCCGGCCAGACAUUGGUAGCUGGAGCUCAGAUCCUCAUAUAGAAGUGAAAACCAAGGAGCUGAGUCCCAUAGGCCUCUUUGAACCGUUUUUUGUACGAACAAUCGGUUUCAUUGUUAAUGAAACCAAGCGUUAUGCUCAACAGAAAAAUAUCACCCUCAGUCUCACAGCCCAGGAACUGAAGUGUGUUUUGGGCAUCUUGAUUUUAAUUGGAUACAUCUCCUACCUAAGGCAGUGGAUGUUUUGGGAGACAGCUCCUGACUCUCAUGGUCACCUUGUGGCUGAUGCUAUUAGAAGGGACAGAUUUGAGCUGACUCUGCAUGUUGCAGAUAACAGUGAACAGGAGAGCAAUCGGUUUGCCAAGGUCAGGCCCCUCAUCGUCCAUAUGAACUGUAACUUCCAGAAGCAUGAUCCCUUGGAGGAGCUCUACAGCUUUGGUGAAUCCAUCUGUGGAUACUUCGUCAGUGGGUCCAAGCUGCUGCACUCGGGGAAGCCGGUCCGUCUAGGCUAUAAGAUUUGUUGUGGAAUGACCAGCAGAGGCUACCUGGUGUGGUUUGCACCUUCACAGGGUUCCCUGUUCACCAAGCCAAACUGGGGCUUGGAUAUAGGAGGCUGUAUGGUGGUCAGAUUUUUGGACGCACUUCAGGAGCGUGGCCCCCGCCCAUACCACAUAUCCUUUGACAAGGUCUUCACAAGCUUCAAACUGAUGUCCAUUUUGAGGAAAAAAAAAAAAAAAGGAGUGAAGGCCACAGGAACUGUAUGUGAGUAAGAGCGUUGUCCUCUCCAGGAUCCCAGAGAACUGAGGAAAAUGAAAAAGGGUUCAUUUGACUACAAGGUGGACGAGCGCGAGAUCCUUGUUCUUUCAGUGUGCCGCUGGCUCAGCAGUCGCGUGGUGAACAUCUGCUGCAAUGCGGUGGGCGUAGAGCCAGUGAGGCUGACCCGCUGCCACCUGGGAGAAGCCAAAGCUUGGACACAGGACCACCCGCCAUCCCUGGUGAAGCUCUAUCGGGAGAAGGCCAGAGGGGUUGACCGGAUGGACCAGAACAUCGCCAAGUACAAGGUGAAGAUCCGUGCCAUGAAGUGGUACUUGAGUUUCAUCAGCUACAUCAUUGACGCGGCCCUCAACAGUGCAUGGCAGCUGCACAGGGUGUACUGUCAGGGCACACACGUGGACCUCCUAGCCCUCAGCAGGAACGUGGCCCACGUGUAUCUGGAGAGCAAUGCAGAUACUUCCUCACAGGGUGGGUGGAGCUGGAGGGCGGAGACUGAAAAUCGCUUCGAUAUGAUUGGACACUGGAUUGUCCAUCAGGACAAGAGGCCCUGGUAUGCCCUCUGCCACUCACAGGCCAACACCCGCUGUGAGAAGUGCCAGAAGGGUGUCCAUGCCAAGUAUUUCCGGGAGUACCACACUCCGUGAGGCCUGAGACCUGCUUCUUCCAGCUAUAGUGACAUCACCAGGACCCUUUGCAGGUUUUAUUUGUGACACCUUUGACUCUGAUCACUGAUGACUUAGUUUUGUAUUCUCAGGCCCCAACACAAUUCUCUGUUUUAUGUAUUCUAUGCCUACAUGUCAUGUAAAUUAGUAUUUAUGUUUCUAACAGUACGUGUUUGCAGACCUGU